CCGCCGCGGCGCAGCGGCCACCAUGUAGCAGACAGCAGACAGUUCUGCCUCUCCCGCCGCAGAAACGCUCGCGUUCUUCAUUUCCACCCGUGUCUGCGCGCAUCGCGGCUGCAUGGCGUGUGUCCCGACGCCUGGACCGGGAUUUCGGAGCUGAGGGGGGCGGAGGGAGAACCGGGAGGAAGGGACCGGGAGGACGGCUCGGAUCGCUGCCGUCUGUAUUAUUGUGGUUAUCGGUGUUUUCCUGCUCGGUGUAAUGGCUCUCCCCGCCGUGUUCGGGAGGCUGUAGGAGGGCGUGUAGCGCUGACGGACCCCGGUAGGGGUGGGGGGCCGUUCGCAGUCCGCGUAUCCGGGUUACCGCCCCGUUUUUUUUUUUUUUUUCCUCCCAGCCUGAAAAACAAGCAGGGCUCGGAUAAAGGGUCCGGGCCGGGGGCUCGCUGCCCACACAUCCCGCUGUCGCCAUGGGGAACACCACCUCCUGCUGCGUGUCGUCCAGCCCCAAGCACCGGAGGAGCAACCACUCCCGGCUGGAGCCGUACCGGCCGGAGCCCGAGCUGAGCCGCGAGGACACCGGCUGCAACCUGCAGCACAUCAGCGACCGGGAGAACAUCGACGACCUUCCCAUGGAGUACAAUCCCUCGGACCAUCCCCGGGCCAGCACCAUCUUCCUCAGCAAGUCGCAGACGGACGUUGCCGUGCCGAGCAAGCGAGUCCGGGAGAAGAGGAAGAGCCUCUACAUCAACCAUUUUACACACAUUUCGGAGAGCAAGCACCACCCAGGCCCGAUGAGGCGGAAGUACAGCUCCUGCUCCACCAUCUUCCUGGAUGACAGCACCGUCAGCCAGCCCAACCUGAAGUACACCAUCAAGUGCGUCGCGCUCGCAAUAUACUACCACAUAAAAAACAGAGACGCCGACGGAAGAAUGUUGUUAGACAUUUUCGACGAGAAGCUGCACCCGCUCUCGAAGUCGGAGGUUCCCGCCGACUACGACAAGCACGACCCGGAGCAGAAGCAGAUCUAUCGCUUCGUCCGGACGCUGUUCAGCGCCGCGCAGCUGACCGCCGAGUGUGCCAUCGUCACUCUGAUUUACCUGGAGAGGCUCCUGACCUACGCCGAGAUCGACAUCUGCCCCGCCAACUGGAAGCGCAUCGUGCUGGGAGCCAUCCUGCUGGCCUCCAAAGUCUGGGACGACCAGGCGGUGUGGAACGUGGACUACUGCCAGAUCCUCAAGGACAUCACCGUGGAGGACAUGAACGAGCUGGAGCGGCAGUUCCUGGAGCUGGUGCAGUUCAACAUCAACGUGCCGUCCAGCGUCUACGCCAAGUACUACUUCGACCUGCGCUCGCUGGCCGAGGCCAACAACCUGAGCCUGCCGCUGGAGCCGCUCAGCCGGGACAAGGCCCAGAAGCUGGAGGCCAUCUCGCGGCUCUGCGACGACAAGUACAAGGACCUGAGGAAGCAGGCCAAGAAGCGCUCGGUGAGCGCCGACAACCUGGCGGCGGUGCGGUGGUGUCCGGCCAUCCUCUCCUAACGCCCGCCAGCCGGCCAGCCGGGAGGGCCGGCGGUCCCCGAUCCCGCGCUCUCCCGCCCACCCAGGCACUUUAAGCAGUGCGACGGCGCCCCCUCUGGCGGUUGUACAUAGAGGAAGUCCCGCCGGCCGCCCGCACCGGACCAAACCGACCCGGCUGCUGGGAGGAAACCCAGAGACUGAAGAGACGACGGAGACGAGCUGGAACACACGGCGAUGGAGGGGGGGUGGAGGGGGGUUCAUCUUCUGCUCGGCUCCUCGCUGAAGCGGGAGACGACGGUUUGACAGCUUGUAGGCACAAUGCACACCCUGAGAGCUCCUCCUCCUUCUCUGUUUUUUUGUUUUCUUGCAUUUGAAAAGACGCGUACAUUCCAUGGUGACCUUCAUAUGGCCCCGCCCCCUCAGCCACACCGUCCACUCAGCAAUACCCGGAGGGGAGGCGUUACCGUGGAGCCUCAGCGGAGCUGUCCUCACUGCCGUCGCCGACCCCUGGUGCCUGGAACGAGGAGCUCUGCACUCUUCACUCCUCCUCGUUCAGACUUUUUCUACGGUCGCCCUCGCUCGCGGAGGAAGCAAAAACAGCACAAACAUUUCAGAAGCACGACUCCCGGAGAAGGACGGGAGGCGGAGAUUGUAUACAUUUUGCUAAAAUCGUCUUUGUACAGUGUGAAUACAGCAGCAUCUGUAGACUGAAGUGUAAAAAGAGAGAAACGAGAGCAGAGAGACUCUAGACUAUUUAUAUGGGAGGUUUUUACCGAGGGGACAGAAAUGGACAGAUCAGAGAACGGUCCAGUAUUAAAUGGGAGACACCACUUUAAGGUCGUUGUGUUUUUGGUCACUUUUCUUCUCAGCACUGCAGAAAAAAAGCCAAUUUUAUAUGUGUUGCAUACUGUAACUAUUCAGAUUCAAGCUCUGUUUUUUUUCUUUUAGGUUUUUUUUUACCUGACUUUGUGAACUCGCCAUGUUUGUUCCUGAAGCCGUGAAGCUUCAUCCUCACGGAAACAACGGGAAAGGUUAUCAGACGUUCCGUGUUUUGGUUUCAGUCACUGUGGAUUUUCUAUUUUCCUCGACUCAGCUGAUGAAAUGUUGUUUUUUUUUAGUUUUCUUCUUCAUUCCUCUGCCUGUUUGUGACUGAUCUUCACGAAGACUCAGCCCUCCAGUCGUUCCGCUCGUUCUGUGGUUUCAACGCUGCAGUGUCUGUAAUGAUCGCUUCAGGCUGAAAGUCUCGACUUCUCAGAAAUGGUCAUUUUAGUUCAUUUUAUUUAAUGAAUUUGAGAGAAAUCAAAACUAUUUAACAUCAGUAUUAACAGUUAAAAUGAGUCACUUUUGGUUUCUGAUUUGAAUCGAACUCCUGAUUUGUUUAAUUUAACAAACACUCAGACGUGUCCAAGUUGGAAAAAUAAUAUUUUCUGGUUGGAGUUUUAUCUGAUAACCUUUCCAACUGUCACAUUAUUCUUCAUUCCUGGUUCACGCUCACGUCCUUUCUUCUCGCAGAGGAAACGUUGAGGAUGUGCUGAACGUAGAGUCGAGUCGCUCUAGUCUAAUGAGACGAGGCGCAGUCCGGCCUUUCGGUUGUUUUUUUGUUUUUUUUACAUGUAUGGAUUCUGUAACGGCGGCUCUUCUGCCUUCUGCUGAACUGGACUGACUGGAGAUCUGCAGCGAUCUAAAAAAAACAGGUCCAAUUUCAAUAUCGGCGUUGGCGUUUAGCUUCAUGUGAGCGUUUCGGGAGAAGAGGUCAGAGGUCGGAGUGAAGGACUCAGCUCAGCGUGUCUGAACCAUCUGGAAGAAGAAGAGGAGGAAGAACCGAGUGAGAAGACAGGAAGCUCGGGAGACGCUGUUCAACGAUUGUAUAUCUUAUUUAUUGUGCGUGUGUGAGCGUGCGUAUGUGUGUGUGUGUGUGUGUGUGUGUGUGUGUGUCACAGCCUCGUGCACUGAACUCUACCUCUGCAUAGAGUUUUUCUUCGGUCUUGAGUUCUCUGAAUCCCGUGCCACCUUCAGUCACUCUCCUGAUCCUUCCUCCUCUGUUUUUUCUCCCAUCCUCAUCCUCCGCCGGCUGGACUCUUCUCUGUCGCUCCUCUCAGUCGUUCCUGUUCUCAGUUUGCCAAACUUCUUCUUCUUCUUCUGUUUGAUUUUUAGCACUGCUCCCAUUUCUCUUCUGAAACAACGUUUAGGAAAAUAAAGACAAAUCGUGCAAGAAUUAAAGUCUUAAAGCCUUGCUGCCUGCGGCCUGUCG